CACCCACUCACAAGUAUACUACCUAAAGAGAUCCCAAAAUUUAGAGAGAGAAUGAAAGAACAAUGAAGAAUAUAGUUGGUAAAACCAAAACUGUGGUGGCUCUCUUGCUCUUCAUCAUUCUUUUGGGUACAUAUUUUAAAUUCAAAGACACACAUGAUUAUAGAUCACUCUUCCUCCCAGUAUCAGAGUCGGUGGUGCAGAACGGUACGCUGUGCCGCACUGGAUCGCCACCCCUCAAGGUGUACAUGUACGAUCUACCGAGAAGGUUUAAUGUUGGCAUGUUGAAUCGUCGGAGCUCGGACGAGACUCCGGUGAGUGCUCGCACUUUGCCGCCUUGGCCCUUGAGUUCUGGUUUAAAGAAGCAGCACAGUGUCGAGUACUGGAUGAUGGCCUCGCUAUUGUGGGACGGUGAGGGUGGGGAUGGCCAGACCAGAGAGGCUAUUAGGGUUUUGGAUCCGGAUUCGGCUGAUGUGUUUUUUGUUCCUUUCUUUUCAUCUUUGAGUUUUAAUACUCAUGGCCAUACUAUGACGGAUCCGGCUACGGAGAUUGACCGGCAAUUGCAGGUUGACCUCCUUAAACUUUUGGGGCAAUCCAAUUACUGGCAGAGCUCUGCUGGACGAGACCAUGUAAUUCCCAUGCACCAUCCAAAUGCAUUCAGAUUUCUGCGAGAACAGGUGAAUGCAUCUAUUCUCAUUGUUGCAGAUUUUGGCCGCUACCCGAAAAUCUUGUCAAAUCUGAGCAAAGAUGUUGUGGCCCCCUAUGUACACGUUGUGGAAUCGUUUGUGGAUGAUGACCUUCCAAAUCCAUAUGAGUCUCGUAGUACACUUCUUUACUUCCGGGGGAGGACAGUGAGGAAAGAUGAGGGAGUUGUUCGUGCUAAACUGGCAAAAAUACUAGUUGGCUAUGAGGAUGUCCAUUAUGAACAAAGCUUUGCAACAGAAGAAAGCAUCAAAGCGUCCACAUAUGGGAUGCGUACAUCAAAGUUCUGCCUACAUCCUGCUGGAGACACUCCAUCAUCUUGCCGCCUGUUUGAUGCUAUUGUGAGUCACUGUGUUCCUGUUAUCGUGAGUGACCAGAUUGAGCUACCUUACGAGGAUGAAAUAGACUACACCCAGUUCUCAGUUUUCUUCUCCGUCAAAGAGGCAUUGGUGCCUGGCUACAUAGUUACACAGCUCCGACAAAUUUCGAAAGAGAGAUGGCUUAAAAUGUGGGGACGGCUGAAAAACAUCUCCCAUCAUUACGAAUUUCAGUACCCUCCAAGAAAGGAAGAUGCUGUCAAUAUGCUAUGGAGGCAGGUAAAGCACAAGCUUCCUGCAGCAAAACUUGCUGUACAUAGAAACCUAAGGUUGAAAGUGCCGGACUGGUGGCGCCGAAGGAGAUAGUUUCCGGGGUUUGCUUUCUAGUUUUUGGGUUACGCCUUUAAGAUUCUAUACAUUCAGUCACUCAUAGCAGUAACCAUUGAAGGGGAAUAACUAUUAGAUGUAGCCACAAACCCCAGUACCAUCCAGAAGGUUUUGGAUAGGACCGCUUUCUCAAACAAGGUUUUUACAGAGUGAAGUUCUGUCAAUUAACCAGAGUAGCAUCUUGGGUGGGUUUGUUAUCAAUGUAAUUACUCAUCCUUGAACGGAAGUCGUGAAGAUUGUAAUUUCUGUGAGGACACGAUCAAUUUGGCUGGAGAAAGCCGUUUUCAUCGGAGGUGAUUGCUUGGAUGACACCUCAAGUGGAAAACUCAUUGAUCUGUGCUUUAUAUCUGUGGAAGCAGCCAAUUCAGGUGAGGCAAAAAUUUGCAUCUAGCUGGGUUUUGUACUGAUCAAGAUAGCCAUGUUGUGGACUUACCUUAACAAAAUGUUGUGCCUCAACUCUUGUUCCAGAUGCGCUUCUUUUUAUUCUUCCAUUUUUUCUACUCUCGAGGCAGUUAGUUUCUUUUCUUCUUCUUCUUUUUUUUUUUUUUUCCCCUUU